CUUUUUUUUUUUUUUUUAAAGAAUCUGCAAUUAAUUAUUUCAAUGUGUUUCUCUUUAAAUCCCUUUCCCUUUAAAUUUAAAUUCAAUUCGUUGAGCUCUUGCGUUGACAAUGAGAUUUGCAGAGACUCCCCAAGACUCGGCCAUGGAAGCAGUCCCGCGAACACCGGGAAUCCGGGAGGUGAGGUCGGAGCCUGGAGCAGAAAGUUUCGGUUUUUGCGUGGAUCCGGGUCGAUAUCCGGGCGGGAGUCCCCGUCCCGGAAUAAGGAAGGUGAGUUUGAGGGCGGAGAUCGAUACGUCGCCGCCAUUCGGGUCGGUGAAGGAAGCAGUUACCCGGUUCGGCGGUCAUGGAUCUUGGGUACCAUUUUAUAACAAGCUCGCGGAAUCCUACAAUGGAGUUGAAGAGUUUGAUAUAAAGAAAGUGGAGGAAGAGGCGGCGGAGCUUGAGAAGGAUCUGAUAGUGAAAGAACUGGAGACUCUUGAUGUUCUUGAAGAACUUGGAACCACAAAACGCAUCGUUGAAGAGCUAAAACGGCAGCUCCAGCAAGAAGCUCGUAAAUCCAUGACCGUCCCAGAGCAGAUACUUCAAUCAGACAUCAAAGAAAUGAACGAAGAUCACCAUCGCAGUAACAAGAAUGAAGAAGAUAAUACGAUGAAGACUAUGAUGGCAAGCUUGAGUAGUAGCAGUACUCAAUGCCCUGCAUCAUCUCCUGAUAUGAUCUUAAUGGAGCUGAAGCAGGCAAAGUUGAACCUUGGUAAAACCAUAAACGAUCUUGGAGUGAUUCAGUCGUCUGUUGAAUCUCUCAAUAAGAAAAUGAUGAGGGAGAAGAGCUUAGUAGAGAAGACACGCCAGUGCAGGCUAACUUGCAAUACAGAGAUGACCAGCAAUGGCGGCGGCUUCUUGAAGGGUGAUCAGCAAAAAGAGCAGAUUAAGAAGGUAGCUGGUGGAGUUUCAAGAGAGCAAAAACAGGGGAGUAUGAUGCAGAGUACUGCUGAGAUGAGAUUGAUUGCAGCGAGGAAGAUGGAAGAGGCAGCUCGAGCAGCAGAAGCUCUUGCCAUGGCGGAAAUGAAAGCUCUGACAUCAAACGAAAUCUUAGAACCUCUGCCAUCUCCUUUGCCGCCAAAACCUUGUUAUAACAAGAGAGUAGUGGACGCCAUGCACCACAAUUUCUCUAAACUGAAUGUUCUUGAGAAACUGGAGGAAGCUACAGAAGAAGUUAAACACAGCAAACAAGCACUGGAAGAAGCUUUGAACAGAAUAGACAUGGCUAGCAAAAAGCAACUCGCUGCUGAAGAAGCUCUCAGGAGAUGGAUUCCUGAUCAUCACCACCCAUCUGAUCAUAAUCUACAUUCGUUGUUGAAUGAUUUCGAGAAGCCAACAACACCUCCGGCACCUCCGAUAACCGGCGAUUCGAAGCCUAGUUUACGGCCAACAGUUUCAAUGCGUGAUAUACUUAGCAGAAAACAGCUUAUGAGUGAAGCUGGACAAAACGAAGGUGGACACCAUGAGAGAAGGAAGGUGGCCCUGAGUCAAAUGCUUCAGGAACUAAGAGAGGAUCUGAGAUUUCCUGCAAGAGCUGAGAAAGACAUUGUUGAUGCUCAACAAAAACAGUUCUUUGCUCAGAGGAGAAAAUUUGGUUUCAUCCACAUUUCACUUCCAUUGUCAAAGCAAUGCAAGAAGAAGCCACAAGCUUGAAAUAUUAUUACGUAUAUAUCACCAUAUACAUAUGCAUAUAUAUAUAUAUGUAUGUAGGUAGUAGAUUGAGAUAUAUGGGGGUGGUAUUUGGUUGUGUGGUAACAUAUUCUUUCUGCUUCAUUUAUCUUUCUUGGAGGUUCUUGGGUAUGUUUUACUGUAAAGCUGCUGUCUGGUGUUUAUUUGUUGUGUUCUCAAUUUCGCAUUGAGAUAUUGCAGUUGAAGAUCUAAAAUGUUGUCUGUCCCGAUUGAAU